AUGCCACGUUUCGCUCAGCUUGUUAUUGGACCUGCUGGUUGCGGGAAGUCAACAUACUGUGCAACUAUUCAAGCUCAUUGCGAGGCUGUGAGGCGAACUGUAGAUGUGGUCAAUCUGGAUCCUGCAGCUGAGUAUUUCGAGUAUAGUCCGUUAGCAGAUAUACGGGAUUUGAUUCAUGUGGAUGAUGUUAUGCAGGAUGAAAGCAUUCAUUUAGGACCGAAUGGCGGCCUUGUCUUCUGCAUGGAAUAUUUGAAUCAGAAUCUCGACUGGCUGGAUUCAGCAUUAGGAGACAGUGAUGGCGACUAUAUACUAUUUGACUGUCCAGGUCAAAUCGAAUUGUAUUCACAUCUUCCUGUCAUGCCAAAAAUUGUGGAACACUUGCAACGAAAGUGGGAUUUUCGUCUGGUUUCUGUCUUCAUUCUGGAUGCUAGGUUCCUUGUCGAUUCCUCUCACUUCAUGGCAGGGGUGCUUUCAGCUCUAUCGGCCAUGGUCUCUCUGGCCACGGCACACAUUAACGUCAUGUCCAAAAUGGAUCUUUUGUCGGAGAAGAAACAAAAAUAUGUGAUCGCUCGCUAUUUAAAUCCGGAUAUGAACUACUUUUUUGAAUCGGAUUUGACAUCUGAGCAUACCUCCGUCACCAGACAGAAAGAGAAAAAUUCCAAAUUGACCACUGCAUUAGCCAAUUUGGUGGAACGUUACAGUGUGGUUCACUUUAUGCCUUUGAAUCGAGAGAAUGAGGAAACUGUGGCGGACAUAUUACGUCAAAUUGAUCAUUGUUUGCAAUAUGACGAAGAGGUGGAUCCACCCAACCGCUUAUUUGAUGAAGCAGAAAGGGAACUUGCCACACUGGCUGGCGAUAACGAUGAUGAGAACUCUCGACUUUCCGGUUAA